AUGCCGUUCCUUGGCCGAGAGAGAGGACGCAGUUCUAGACCGCGCAGCUCGGACGAUGAAUUUGUCGUUUUUCUUCAAGGUAUCCCCGUGCACUGCCGUUGGCAAGAACUGAAAGACCUGGUGCGCCAAACCGCCCAGCACAUCCGACAGGCCGUGGUAUACGAUGACAACCACGGCUUCCCUACCGGACUGGGACAGAUUAUAGUCAAGAAUGAAGAUGAGGCGUGGCGGACUUAUCACCGAUUAUCAACCAACGGCUGGGAAGGGCAGAGCUUGGUUGUUACGCUAGCCCGCACCAGUGCUCCUACGAAACCCAUCGCCGGUCCUACCAGAAGUCCACCGGCCAUGAUCCAGAACUACAUGUCUGGUCAUUCAACUCCACCUCGGUCGGGCAGCAUGGCUAUGCCUCCAUCGCCGAUCUCGCCCGAAUCCGUCCAGUCCCCUAGUACUACCUACACAUACCCAUGUGACUAUGGAAACAUGAUGGGCCCCAUUCCAAUGACCCCUCAAUUCGUCCCCAUGAUGCCAGAACCCCACCAGCCAAUGCAAUGCUUCCCGCCUUCCCCAAUGAUGCACUGCACCAUGUUCGACUCUCCAGCUUGGAACAUGAUGCCCAUGUACCCCAUGUACCCUGUCUCCCCGAUCCAGCCAUGCUCCGAGUCAACUGAGUACAGCAAAUCCUGGAGCUCAGACAUUACCCCAGCAACCGACCUCGCCCAACGAGCAUUGGACAUCCAAAACCUCCACAACACAACCACAGCCUUUGACCUCGAGAGUCUUCUCCAAGGUGCCGGGACAGUGGAACAGUGCAAUGUGACCGUCACAUCGGACGUCAAUUCGAACGAAGCCCAGACGCAGGGAUCGGCGAUUAUGCGCAGCAUCGAGCAGGCAAAGCGGGCCGUUACCAUGUUGAAUAACAUGACAUUCAUGGGUUCGCAGAUCAGUGUGAAGAUGGAUACCCGGCCUACUGUCAAGCGAAGUGGAAGCUGGGAUGGAUCUCUGGGGAGUUCGGAUCCGGAUCUACUGGAACUGAUCUCGAAGAGAAUGGGGUCUAAGUGUGGCAAGUCUGGACAAGGUGCAGGUGAUCCUUGUAAGCCGCUUGUCGUUGAUGGAUCCGGCCAGGGCUCGUCAUUAGAGAUUUUGUCGACAUCGGCGCCUACCUAG